AUGGUCCUCGGCCCUCACUUAAAGGCUGCAUACCCAUCCAUGUUUACAAGCACCCUAAAAAAAAGGACCUCUGCCAAAUGGAUCAUGCAUGAAGUGCAUCCCGGCUCUCAAACGGUUUGGCUGACAGAUGAGGGGUGGCAGAAAGCGAUUCCAAAGCAGACUGAACUCUGCGACAUCUCUGCUUUGGACAGCUUCAACAAGCAGAGGGCACGAGGCGGCCACCGGGGGCAUCGCUCCGGUCAACGAGGGCUGGCACAACAUCCUGAGGAGGGUGUCAGGAAAAGAGGGAGGGAGGGAGGGGGAGGCGAGGUGAGGUGAAGAUAGAGGGGGGGAGCCGGGGCGCACGAGGCGUUGCGGUGUCACCGUAAUGUCAGCCCGUGUCAAGUGCAAUCAUCGUUAGUGUAAUUUUCUGAGCAAUUAGAGAGCUUAUAUUGAGAACGCUCGCCAGCUGACAAACACCGAGACUAGCUGAAGGAGUUCCUCACAGCUACACACACACACACACACACACACACACACACACACACACACACAGAGGAGAGUCUCAGCGGCCAACAAACACUAACACAGCCAACAACCAACACUCUCCUGAACGCCUGUUUUUCACUGUUUUUACCUCCUGUCUGUUUUUUCUUCCUCUGACAGCAGUUUUCUUAAGUUUGACGUCACUGACUGGUUCAGAGAUUUCCUCUUGAAAUCUUUUUUUUUAAUAAUUCUUGUUGUUUUCAGAGCUUAGAGCGGUCGUAUCAUUGGGAUCAGAGGGUGGACACCCCAGAGGUCAAGAGCGGUGACCCACUUUAUCUGAGGUUAAACCCAGCAGACAGUAAAAGGACACUAUCCGUCACUCAUUCAUAA